AUGGUUGAAAGAAUGUCAAAAAUAUGUGAUGUUUGCGGUGACAAAGGACAAGCGAGAAACUUUGGUGUCAUAACGUGUUCCUCGUGUAAGACAUUCUUCUGGAGAUAUGGGCUUAAAACCGAGUCAUGGAUUUGUCCCUCGGAUGGCAAAUGCAAUAUAAAUGUAAUGACGAGACGGAUGUGUCGUAAAUGCAGGCUUGAAAAGUGUUUCGCUGUGGGCAUGAAAAAGACAAUCAGUGAUUAUAAUGGUAUCAAUCAAUUGGAGUCCAAACGCAUAGAAGAACUACUGAACGCUUCGGUUAUAUUUAAUUAUCCAUUGGAUAGCAAUGCGAGUAUACAUAAGAUUAAGGCUUACGACGAUAUUUUUAAUAAUAUCUGUGCCGACGAUAAGUAUGCGCUUAUGAAACACGGGGGCAGAGAUGUGGCGCUAAUCCGUUGUCUAAAGUAUUAUAAUAAAGAGAUCGAGUCUUUCAUAACACCGACACAAAUAACUACUAUACUCGAACAACAACUUGAGAUUAACAUUGCAUUUAUAGCCCGAAACUUUGGUGCCAUGACUUGUGAGAGCUGUAAGUCGUUCUUCAGGAGGAAUGGACUUAAAAAUGAGAUAUCUAAUUGUCUCUCAAAUGGCAAAUGUAUUAUAAAUGUAAUGACGAGAAGACUAUGUAUUAAAUGCAGGCUUGAAAAGUGUUUGGCUGUUGGCAUGAAAUCGGAAUUAAUACGAAGUGAUGAACAAAACAAAUGUCGCAAAGAAUUGAUUAAAGAAAACAAAUCAAAACAUAAACCGAGAGAUGAAUCCCAGAAUUGUGUUAAUUUCUCACCAAAUUAUUCACAAAAUGAUUCAAUAAUUAGCGACACAACUAUUGAUGAGGACUUUAUGAAAGUGGAGUUCAAUUCAUUUGAAAAUAACAAAAAUAAAACUUCUGUUUGGGAUAAUCGACGGCAAGAAUUGCCAGUAAUUCCCGUAUUUAAGACAAUCAGUGAUUAUAAUGGUAUCAAUCAAUUGGAGUCCAAACGCAUAUCUGAACUACUGAUCGCUUCCAACACUAUAUUUAAACAUCCGCUACAAAGCAAUGCAAUUAUACAUAAAAUUAAGAAUUGGGAUGAAUUUGCGGACAAGUUCAAAGAUUAUAACGAAUUAUUUAUUAGAUUAAUAAUUCAAUUCACAAAAAGUCUGAACGGUUUCAACAAUAUCUGUGCCGACGAUAAGUAUGCGCUCAUGAAAUGUGGGGUCAGAGAUCUGACAGUAAUCCGAGCUGAUAGCAAUCGCAUUAUUUAACCCAAAUCGGCCUAAUUUAUUGCAUAGAAAUAGUGUCAGACUCGAACAACAACUGUAUAUAUAUUUACUGCAAAGAUAUCUACUAUUAAAAUAUCGCUCGGAAUCGGAAUCACAAACAAAAGUACAGCAAAUAAUGAAUUCAUUACAAGACGUCAAUACUUUAAAUCAAGUUCAAACCAAAAGUUUUGAAUAUGAUAUGUAUUUAAAACAUUUUGGGCCACUUAUGAGGGAAAUAUGUUCACCAUAAUAAAACUACUAAAACUACUUUUAAUAGAUUUUGCUAUUUUGUUAAUAUAGAAUUUAUUUCUUAUUCAUUUGCUAUAUACAAA